AUGUUAGAUAGAAUGACCGGAAAAGGAGAUGGAAUUAAUGAUCAAAUAAUGAAGAUGUCUAUGUAAUUAUUCUUAUUUAUUAAUAUAGUAAUUCUUAUGGCAAUUAUUUCUAUUUACCAAGUGUACAAGAACUACAGAAAUUAUGA